GAGAGAGAGGUCCAACACCAACUAUUGAGAAGGAAGAUGAAGUCUGCAUUGUGCUUGUGUCUGUUGCUUCUUGGACUUCAAGUCCAGGGUCACCAUAGACCCAACCUCGAUGAACAGCAGGAACAAAAAAAGUCCCAUUCUCUGAAAGACCUUUCCAAGGAUGAAGGUGAAAACUUGGCUCAUGCCAAGAUAACCCGCAGCAAUGCUGACUUUGCAUUUAAGUUUUACAGGCAGGUCAGCGAGGAGGCAAGCAACAAGAACAUUUUCUUCUCUCCUAUGAGCAUUUCCAUUGCGUUUGCUAUGCUUACCCUGGGGGCCAGAUCAGACACUCUCAGUCAGCUGCACAAUGCCCUCGUCUUCAACCUAACAGAGAUGGAGGAACGGGAGAUCCAUGAGGGAUUUCAGCAUGUCCUCCAAUUGCUGAAUGAUCCUCAGCAAGAAGUCCAGUUGAGCUUGGGCAAUACUCUGUUCGUAGAUCAUCAACUGAAACUGCUCCAGAAAUUUUUGGAUGAUGCCAGAAAUUUUUAUUAUUCAGAAACUAUUUCUACUAACUUCCAGAAUCUUGCAGAGGCUGAGAAGGAAAUCAAUAAGCAUAUAGAAACAAAAACCCAUGGGAAAAUUGUUGAUUUCCUCAAAGAUCUUGAUGAGGAUACCAUGAUGGUUUUGAUUAACUACAUUUUCUUUAAAGGCUACUGGGAAAACCCUUUCAAUGAACGGGCCACUGCAGACGGUGACUUCUUCUUGGAUAACAAGAAUUCUGUUAAAGUGAAAAUGAUGCAUCAGAAAGACUUCUUUAAUGUCCAUAGGGAUGAGAAGUUGUCUUGCUGGGUAGUAGAAAUCCCAUACAAAGGAAAUGCUGCUGCAUUGUUUAUUCUGCCUGAUGAAGGGGCAAUGAAGCAGGUGGAAGAUGCUCUGGUAAAAGAAACAGUGUCUAACUGGACUCAGUCAUUUCAAAACAGGAGAAUCUACCUGGACCUACCAAAAUUCUCUGUCUCUGGCUCCUAUGAUCUUAAGAGACUGUUUAUGAAAAUGGGUGCGACAGAGGUGUUCAGUAACAGCGCUGAUCUCUCUGGAAUAUCAGAACGUACUCUUCUGAAGGUUUCCAGAGCACUUCACAAGGCUGUGGUAGAUGUUAGAGAGAAUGGCACAGAGGCUGCUGCAGUGACCGUGGUAGAAAUUGUACGAUUGACUUCAAUGCUUUCUUCUCCUCCUCACAUCACAUUCAACAGAGCCUUCCUGAUGAUGAUUGUUGACAAACCCACCCGUAGCAUCCUCUUCAUGGGAAAAAUUGUGAACCCAGCUAGCAAGGAAGAUUAGGCCAGAGCUCUUGUGAUCUCAAGUGCAGAGAAGAGAGCUUGUGCUCAUCCCAGGGACAUCUUUGCAAAAAAAGGGACUGUAAUUCCUUCCUAACUAACAAAUAAAUCCAUAUUACAUGAAGUUUUUCUUCACUUACAGAGAGUUGGGAACAAGCAUGAGUGGGCCAUGUUUAAAAAAUCAUAGAAUCUUAGGAUGCAUUGGUUGAAAGAGCAUGAUGACCUUUAAAGGUCAUCUAGUCCACUCCUCUGUGAUAAGUAGUGGCAUCCUCAAUUAGGUCAGGUUGCUCAGAGUCCCAUCAAGCCUGUCUCCUGGGGUGGGGCCUCUACCACCUCCAGUGCUCCACCAUCCUCAUAGUAAAGGACUUUUUCAUCUGUGGUGUCUUAAACAGAUGAACAUCUCCCUACCUCAUUCACUCAUCAUCAGUUCCAUGAUCUCUUCCUUGCAUACCGAUAAAGCUUCCUACUCCUGAGAAAAUCCUAAUGCUGACCACUUCCUGCAUAACAAGUCCUCAGCCCAGAAAUCACUAAUGUAUCCCCUUCAGUUGAGGAACCAUCCUUUACUUCCCUCUCAUUCCACUGCCAGUCCUAGGAGGGCUUUGUCUUUGAGGUCUCUCCAGGACUCAGUGGCUAAGAAGGGAAACAAAAACACAGACAUGCUAAGACUUUCCUCUCCUAGAUGGCAGAUACCCCUGGUUAAAGAAUAAACAUUUUACUUCCAACCUGAUAACUCCUACCA